UGAUACUGGUAUAAGAAACAGUACGAGUUAAACGAAAUACUGUUAAAAGGGGUAAGGUGAGUUGAAUGGAGGAAGACACAGGCAGGCGCAGGAGAGGAGCAGGCGGGCUAACCAGCACGGACCGCUCUCAGCAAUCAGUAGUCGGCGGGCAGGCAAACCGCUCGCUUCGUGGCGCGUAGGGUUUCAUGUUGUUGCAUCUGCUACAGUCAAAUCUUUUCAUUGCCUGCUUCCACUGAAACGUGUGCGGUUUGCAUUAUGUUAGUUUAAUUUCCCGGAGUGUACGGAAAGUAAAUGCUUGCAAGACGUAAUUGUAUCGGACGUAUUAAUAUUAAAUAAAUCCAUAUUGAAAUGGUGUUUUAUGAGUGAAAAUGAUUUGAACUUGUUUGAAAAGUUUUGAGACUUGGUGAAAGAAACGUAUGAUAGUUGUUAACUGUAAAACAAGUGGUAAAACGUUCGUCGCAUUUACGUAUGUAAAGUGUUUAUUCUUAAACCAUGAAACUACUUCUAGAAGCACUUUGCGAAUUUUGGGCGUGUAUCUAUGAAGUUUGUUUUACUCAUGGGAUGGUGAAACAUCGUGCAAGCUAUAUAGCAAGAUACCAAAUGUAGUUAACGGUUUUCUUCAUGAUAUUCGUCCUUUGAGGAUCAUGUCACUACUGUAUGACGGAAGCGAAUGCUGUGAAAUUGUAACACGAGUAAAUGAAAUGAGAUUUCGCUUGAAUUUACCAAAUCGUAGAUUCACCGAGUUACGAUUUGAAAUGAAGUGCCCAUUAUUACGAACUGAUGUACUGAAAUAUAGGAGUGAACGUUGGAAAAAUUGCGCAUGUUACACAAACAUAAAUGGGGGAGAACGGAAGAGUCCGGAAACCUGUAUCACUAGCGAAUUUUGAGAAUUAAAAAUUAUUUGAGGAAAUAUUAGCAUGAUCAUUAGUAUUUUCACUGAAUAUUCCUAUAUUUUUUAUUGAUGUAUAUCUAGAAAACCAUUGGGGUUAAAGAGUUUUAGUAACUGUUAUAGUAACUCAAUACUUUGAUAUGCUUCCAUAUAAUUAACUAACAAAACAAAAUAAUAUCCGUCUACCAAGUUGUUUUUAAUUCUUCGGAGAUAAUAAGUACGUUGUUCACCUCGUCCAUCGCUUCUAACCUGAAGGAAUAAAUUCCUUGUUCAACAGACUUCGUUGUUUAGUUGUAUUGUGUGAUUUUUAAAUGUGUCCGAAUUUUGUCAGACAGUAUUAAGAGAAAUGACGAUUCUUGUUAUAAACUCAUAACGCAUUUUCUAUGACAAAGAAGAAAAGUGGACAUUUAUCGUUCUGUAGUUGAGCUUGUAUUGUGCAAGUUACAGCUCGCAUCUCUCAUCAGAUGAAGAGAAACUGGCCUAACUGCUGUCGAGCUAACAACUUUGGAGUCAUUGAUAUAUAACCCAGCACUCAUAUUCAUUGACCACGAACGAAAAUAAACUUCAUGUACAGCACAAGAUUAAUUUUUAUAGAUAGUGUAAUAGUGAAAUCAUUAUUAUGCCUCCCGCUAAAUUUCUCUGUCUUUCCAUAAAUUACUAACCAGUUGUUAAGAAUUAAAGUCAUCUCAACUUGGAUCGGUUAAUGUAGGACGGGAGAAACUUCGGGAGUGUAAUUGCUACAGAAUAUAAGCUUGUAAUUAGUGUUACAAAAGACUUGAAUGUUCAAACUGUGAAACCUGUGAAAGUUUAUUUCAUAUUUAAGUGUGAGAUUCCUAAGAAGCAGGAACAAAAUUCCCAAUAUAAAUAUAGUGCUCAUAAACACAUUUAAAUCUGAAUACAAUUUAGAAAUACCCCCGUGUGUGUAUGUUACCCACUGUUCCCCCAAAUGUGAUCUGUAGAAAGUUAACAGUUCACUCCAUUAUCCAUUGUGAUUAUAAGUCAGAUACAUGAACAAGUGGAUGUAAAUUUCAGAGAUACAUGAAGUGUGUGGCAUAUGCUACCAACAUUAUCAUCGUAAACAUCAGUUGACACAAAGUUUGAAGAUUUAAGUCAUCCUGAAAAUCGAGAUGGCGAACAGCGUAACUAUAAUGAUAUUGGUGCUGACGACGUCUUUGCUGCAAGGCGUCGCGACGACCGGCCAAGCAACCACUGAAGAACUUCUUACUGAACUCGACAAACCAAUUCCGAUUGUGGACGUGCAGGGCGUUCUUGGAAAGAAGACAAUGAUGCCGUGUGACAUCACACCACGUGACCGUGACGAUGCUGUCUACAUGGUGCUCUGGUUCAAAGAAGCUGAUGGAGAGCCCCUGUACAGUUUCGACGUACGAGGGCGUCAGUUUGGUCAAGCCAAACUAUGGUCAGCACCAACGGCAUUCGGUACGAGAGCGUACUUUAGGACAGCGUCCACUCCAGCGCAGCUUCUAGUGGACGACGUGGCCCUCUCCGAUGAAGGAAUGUAUAGAUGCCGUGUGGACUUCCGCAACACUCCAACCCGAAACCUCAAAAUAAACCUCACCGUUAUCGUUCCUCCCGAGCGUCCGGUGAUUUAUGACGACAAGAGAAGGGAUAGAAGAAAGCUCCUGGAGAGGUACAACGAGGGGAGCGACGUGUACCUCGUGUGUGAGGUCACGGGAGGUCGACCUCGACCGAGGGUCACGUGGUUUCUGGAAAACACUAUCAUAGACGAUUCGUAUACACACGAGCCAAACGACAUUACGACAAACCACUUGUCGUUCCCGAACAUUGGACGACAGCAUCUGAACGCUCGACUGAUCUGCCAGGCUUCCAACACAAACCUCACGCACGCGCAAUCCGAGGUCAUCGUUUUGGACGUCAACUUGAAGCCUGUCGCAGUUCACAUCACGACGAAGGACAAACAAGUGUCUGCCGAUAAACGUUACGAUGUGGAGUGCAGAUCCUCUGGGUCGCGACCAGAGGCCAUCAUUACGUGGUGGAAAAACAGUCGUCAGAUAAAACGAGUCACCAAAAACCAUUUGGAGGAAGGAAAUCAGAGCGUCAGUGUCCUGAGCUUCGUUCCAACUAUCGAAGAUGAUGGAAAGUACCUGACAUGUCGUGCCGAGAACCCGGAAAUCAACGACAGUGCCUUAGAGGACAGGUGGCGCCUCAAUGUUCACUAUGUCCCAAUGGUGACCCUUAAGAUGGGUUCCAGCCUCAAUCCAGAUGACAUUAAGGAGGGUGAUGACGUUUAUUUUGAGUGCAACAUCCGAGCCAAUCCCAAGGCUUAUAGAUUAGCCUGGUUCCACAAUGGUCAUGAAAUCCACCACAACGUGACUGCGGGGGUCAUUUUGAGUGACCACAGUCUGGUACUGCAGGGCGUCACCCGUCACACAGCGGGGGACUAUACGUGUCUCGCUGCCAACACCGAAGGAAAGGGCACCAGUAACCCCGCCACUCUGCGAGUUAUGUUUGUGCCAACGUGUAAAGACGACCGAGAGGAGUUACUGGGUGCUUUGAAACACGAGACGGUGGCAUUGAGGUGUGAGGUGGAUGCAAACCCACCUCUUGUGACGUUCCACUGGACAUUUAAUAACUCUGGCGAUCUGGCAGAAGUGCCCCCGUCUCGCUUCACGAGUGUCGGCUCAGUGUCACGCCUCAACUACACCCCUGUCACAGAUAUGGAUUAUGGCACACUGGCCUGCUGGGGUUUCAACGCGGUCGGCCACCAGCGGUCGCCGUGCAUCUUUCAGGUAGUGGCUGCAGGACGCCCGUUCCCGCUGAUAAACUGCUCAGUAGUGAACCAGACUUCGGACUCUCUGCACGUGGAAUGUCUGGAGAGUUUCGACGGCGGUCUACCACAGAGCUUCCUCAUGGAGCUACUAGAACUUCCAGGUCUAAGGCCGCGGUACAACGUCACCGUGGCCCGCGGACCACCUAUGUUCGAUAUUUACGGCAUGGAACCCGGAGCAAGUUACCAGGUCAACCUCUACGCUGUGAACGCCAAGGGUCGGAGUGAGCCUUACAUAAUUGAAGCUGUUACCUUCAAAGGCGUCGCAAAAUUCACAGGACCAUCUGCUUCUCUUCCCAUGAACCCCGUGCUCACUGGUUUGAUUGCCACUGCAGUGGGACUGCUUGUGGUAGUGUGUGCAGUUGUUGUGGCACUUUAUCGACGUCACCAGCACCGUCGUCAUCCCCGCCAGGCAAAGCUGAGCCAGUUGGAAGCUGCGUUACAUCAGGCAGAUGAUCCUGUGUCGGCUGAUGGCGGUUGCGCAGGCGCGGGACAUACCACACCGCUCAACCCAACAGCUUCCUCAACUGGAGGCGUCAUCGUUGCUGCCGACCACCGGACCACGGAGGAUACGGACCCCGACAUUAUCCCAAACAAAUACGAAAGGCGUCCCCUGAAGGGCUUCAUGAAGAUGUAUAAGACUCCCCCACAACGGCGUCGGAAAAAGAAUGACACAGAAGACGAAGAGGGAAUUCUAAGGGAAGAGCUCAACCACCGCCAUCUUGCCAAAGAUAUUCACAACAACCAAGUAAACAGUGUAUGCAAUCUGCGUGCGCACAAGGGCGUAACGGCGUCCAGCCCUCUAAGCGCAGGUCCCGAGACGCUGACGUCGUCGGCGCCUCUGAUGCACAAACUCGGACCGGAAGUCGUGACCGCAUCUCACAGGAUGCAAGAGAGCUGUAUAUAGAGACAUUGUCCUCCCCUGCCAGACAUUUAUAUUGUAAAUAAUAAAAAACAAAUAAAAAUAACAAUAUGCAUG